AUGCGGAAGGAAAGGUACCGGACGCAGAUCAAAUUCGUUGACGAUGGCAAGCCCGUGCGAAUCCCCGACAACGAUGUAGGCUUCUUCUUCAGUGAUGAAGUCUUCGUCGUUUUAAAAACGUUCAUGAAGAAUGCCAAAAUUCACUACAGCAUCCACUUCUGGAUUGGAAAGGAUAAGUCUGACACCGAUGCUGAUCUUCGUCAUCAAAAUGUCCACAAAGGCUCCCUCAACGAUGUCUUUAACGCCAGCGACCCAAAAGCCUUCAAACCAAAAUUGCUGCAUUUCUGCCUGAACAAGUGGCGUCAUCGAACGGAAAUGUAUGAGGUUCCAAUCAGCUGGAAGUCCCUUACAUCGAACGAUGUCUUUAUUUAUGACGAGGGUACUAAAAUGACCCAGUGGAAUGGAAGCCGAUGCGAUGAGGAAGAGAGACAGGCGGCAAGGCAAUACAUCACUUCUGCACUAAAGAGGCGCAAUUGCAGGGCCUUUUCUGAGUUCUACGAUGAAGAAGAACUGUUCGAGAAGAAUGAACUCCAUUCGAGAUUGGGUGAUGCGGAUGUACCUCCCGUGGAGUUUAAACGAAGGAAGCAAGGAUUUCAGAAGACAAUGUUGCGUCUCUCUGACCAGUCAGGCAAACUGGUUCUGACGAAGAUCUACAGCGGAAAGAUCUACCGCGAUGGUAUCAACGAAGAUGACGUCACGUUCAUUGAGGAUUUGAAUCUUCUCUACGUUUAUAUCGGUCCAGGGGCCUCAGCAACUGAAAGUCUAGGUGUAUGGGUCGAAGCAGAGAAAUAUCUGAAAUCGGUGGGAAGGCCGGACAAGGCGAUUGCAGUCUUCACUGCCGGAUCGUAUCUGCCAUCAUUCAAUGAAAUCUGGAAUGAUCAACGGAUGCACAAUCGUCGAAGAUACAUGUAA